CGCACCUCAGCGCGGGGCAGCCGCGCCAUGGCCCGGACCCUCGCCCUGCUGGCGCUGUGCAUGGCGCUGGGGCGCCGCGGAGUCUUUGCCAGCCCAUCGGAGAAACUCGCACAUGUGGUCCAAUAUGAAAGGGUGACACCUCACAGAGUGCUUGCAGCUCCUGGGAAGAGAGACCUUUCUGCUCAACUCAACACGUAUCCGGACCACGUUCAUUACAGCAUCCGUGCAGAAGGAAGGGACUAUGUUCUCCGACUGGAAAAGAACAAGGAACUGAUUGGGGAGCACUACACUGAAACCUAUUACUCAGAAAACGGCACCGAGGUCACUGAGAAGCCAGACACUCAGGAUCACUGCUUUUAUCAUGGGCAUGUUCACGGUCACAGUGAUUCAGCGGCAAGCAUCAGUACCUGCAGAGGACUCAGUGGAUUUUUCUGGGCUGAUCAGACAGUCUAUUUAAUUGAGCCGUUGGGAGGUGACAAGGGGGAGCAUGCGGUGUACCGAGCGGAUCACCUGAGAAUGAAGCGUGGGACCUGCGGAGACGCCAAUGUCACUUUGGAAUACGACCAUGAACCAAAAGUUGCUGCCGCAAUGAAGCCCCAUCACUGGAAAUCGGCUCCAUUUCAGAAAGGGACCCGAUAUGUGGAGCUGGUCUUGGUCGUGGACAAUGCGGAGUACAAGAAAUCCAAAGACAUGCGGACGAUUCAGAAUCGCAUGAAGGAAAUUGUGAAUCACGUUGACAAGCUUUAUCAGACUCUCAAUAUCCGUGUGGCAUUGAUAGGCCUGGAAGUCUGGAGUUACAAAGACAGGAUCACUGUGAGUCCAAACCCAGACACCACACUGGACAAUUUUCUUCACUGGCGAGAGACUGAACUGUUACAGAAGAAGAAGCAUGACAAUGCCCAACUGAUCACAGGCAUAGACUUUCAAGGCACGACGGUGGGGCUGGCCAAGAAAUAUGCAAUGUGCACCAGGGACUCAGGAGGAGUAAAUCAGGACCACAGUUUGAAUCCUAUAGGAGCUGCCUCAACUGUGGCUCAUGAGAUGGGACACAACCUGGGAAUGUCUCAUGAUGAAGACGUUGGUGGAUGCAGCUGCUUGGCCCCAAAGACCGAUGGAGGAUGCGUUAUGGCAGCUAGUGUUGGCAUGAUUUACCCAAAGUACUUCAGCAGCUGCAGUGUAAGUGACCUGCAGAUGUUUCUAAGUGAUCCCCGGACUAGCUGCUUACUGAAUAUCCCCAAGGCUGAUGAGCUAUAUGGGGUGCCUGUCUGUGGAAACCAGUUUUUAGAGCGAGGAGAGCAGUGUGAUUGUGGGACGCCCAAGGAAUGCAGGGAUCCCUGCUGCAACGCCACCACCUGCCAGCUAAGUGACGGAGCAGAAUGUGCUAUGGGAGAAUGCUGCCAACAGUGUAAGGUGAAAGCUGCUGGUGUGUUGUGUCGUGCCAGUAAGAACAGCUGUGAUCUGCCUGAGCACUGCACUGGCCUCUCAGCGGAGUGCCCGGAGGAUGUCUUCCAAGAGAAUGGUGUGCCGUGCCAGUAUGGGAAUGGCUACUGUUACAACGGGGUGUGCCCCUCGCACAGCGAGCACUGCCGCACGCUCUGGGGCGCAGAGGCCCAGGUGGCCCCUGAUAUCUGCUUUGAGUACAAUGGCCUCCAGAGGGACUACCUGCAUUGCCUGACAGAGAAUGGGAAAAGGCCCUGCAGCCCAAAAGACAUAAAGUGUGGCACACUGCAUUGCCUGAGUGGGAACAGGAACCCCAUUGGAGGGGGUGGCGUCUACUCCCUGUCUCUCGGGAGGGUGACCUGCAAAGUAGCUGUUACUGACAAGGAAGAAAGUGACAUGGUGGCGAAUCUUGUGAUGGUGCCAACGGGCACCAAGUGUGGGGAGGAAAUGGUCUGCUAUGCUGGGCGCUGCCAGGACCUCCUGAUUUACGGUGCCAAAAACUGCUCUGCAAAGUGCAAUGGUCAUGGGGUCUGCAAUCACAAGCGAGAAUGCCACUGUGAGCCCGGCUGGGCUGCGCCCUACUGCGAGCGGAAGCUCUCGGAGAUUGCAGCAGGUGGAAGCAGCGUGGUUGUGGCAGCUGUGCUGACAGUGGUGGUGCUGGUAGCCAUGCUGAUCGUCGGAGGCUUUGUGUUCUACAAAGCCAAUGGGAAGAAAUACUUCCAGAAAGGGAGGAUUGUGACCAACACCACCAACGGGCUGUCCAACCCCAUGUUUCAAGAGGGCAGCAAUACCAGGAACGUGAGGCAUGAGCUGCAGAGUUGCGACAUCAGCAGCCCAAAUCUGAUCUCCACAACCUCAGACCUGAAGAGCCCCAGGUCUGUGUACGUGCCCAUGACUCCUAGCAGGCCGCCGCCCAAGGUUGGAGUUAAACCCAGUGUGGCACCUCCCCCACUGGUCUCUGCAAAGCCCAAACCAGCUGCUGGCGAGGUGAAGCCGAAGCCACCGACCCGGCCUCUCCCCGAGCUGAGAAGCAAACAGCGUAAGGCAGAUAAGCUGAAUGGCUGUAGCAUGGAGGGGACCAAAUUGUCAGCUCUGCCUAUCCCACCUGCCAAACCUGCUGCCCUGACGCGUCAAUCCAGCCAGCCCCAGCAGGCUGCUUCCUUGAAGGUGGCACUGAAGCCUCCAGCUUCACGGAGAUGACCCAGACUGUGGCCGCUGGGACAGCGAGGCGUGGCUGGCUCCAGCGUUUUGUCUAGAAUGAUUGAGCAUUUCUGCUUCUUGCUUAGUGGUACUCGACUCGCUUGGCAGAGUCUUACUUCAAGGUCUUGAGUGUUUACUUGAAAUGCUUGACUCAGCUGUGCCUUAACACAGAUGCUGUGGCUGCACAAUACAGCAGGGCUGGCCAGCAAUGGCUCCUUACAGACUGGGGGGCGGCUCACACCAGCAGAUUUAGGGAAAUGUUCUCAGGUUUUUACUAGUGAAAAUGCAAGGCCUUUCCAAAAGUACAAAUGAAGGACAUGCCUCUCAAACCACAGAGUCCCCCUCUUCCCCCCAUGCAGGCAUGGGGUGGGGGAGCUCCAGGGACAGUUCCUAUUUCCGUGCCAUGUAUGAUCUCUAGCAAGGAGCCCAGCAGAUCAUUGUGUCAUGGCAACACACUGUCGAGACCACACAUCCUAGCAUGGAACACGUCAGCUAGAUCCAGGGGACAAGCCCCAGUAUUGCAGGCUGGCAACUGUAAUCUCUGCCCACUGUGCUCACCCCGUUCUCUCUUGGAAUCAUGUGGUGAACACGUAGCAAACAUGCCCCACCCCUGUAGGUGAUCCAAUUCAGCAGUCAGGCUGGGGUUGUUGAAGACCAUUCUAGCAAUGGCCUCUUAGGUAAGAAAGAGAUGGAACCUUAGUGCGUUCAGAGGCUGUUUUUGCCCAGCCCCUAGUGCCUGAGCCCAGCCAAAUGGCUUUUCUGACAGUGACACAACCAGAAGCCUGGGCUGGCUGCCCAGCCCUCCAUAGGGCCUUUCCUUACAGGGAAAACAACUGUGACAAGCUGCCAGCUCAAUUCCCUCAAGUGUCAGCUCCUACUAUUUGCAGCACAAACCCUCGUAUGACACUUUCCAGCCCAGUUCUUCCCCAGGAUGAACUGGGACUCCUGCCUAGAGUUGGCAUUUGGGGUGGGCAGUAACCACUCUCUCCCCAGCAGAGCUUUCCAAAGCUGCAGGCUGUGCGGUGCAUUGGUGUGACCAGCUCCUGCCAAUGCAGGAGCCAGUGCUUUACAGUGCCUGGCAGGUAGCAGCCAGGAGCCCAGAAUUUCCUGCAGUAACUUGAUGCCACAGUAAUACAUGCUGCACUGAGCAAACAGCCCCACCCACCCAGAGCACAUUAUGGUCAGCUGGUGUUUUCAGUAGGCCUGAAGCUUGUUUUGGGUUAUUCUGUUGGCAGCCAGUGUAUUUUAUCAUUUAAA